AUGAAGCAUACUACACUUGACACAAAAUUAACUAUGGAAUCCCGGCAAGAAUCAAAACAGUCUGAUAAAAUUUUGUAUUUCGAGCGCGAUUUGGUAGGCACACCUACUUCUUCCAGAAGCUGUAGUCUAUUCGAUGUAUGUAACUGCUGUGGAAAACAAAACUGUGAGACACUAGAAUAUUUCAACAAGACGAUCAAGAAACUAGAGAGUGAUACUCGGUUGGCUGCAGAAAUCGGACAAGGUUUACUUCACAAACACGAAACUUUUGUUGCCGAAUCAAAUCAACAAACUGCAAAAUUAAACAAGCAGUUGGAAGAAUACCACAUACGAAUCCAUGACCUUGAACAAUCAUUAGAACAAGUAGAAAAUCAAAAGGAUGAAUUAUUACAAGAGAAAAACAAAUUGUGUUGGGAACACCAAAAGAGACAAAAAAUGCUUGAUGAAACAGUAUCUGAUUUGGAAAUCACAAAUGAAAAGUGUCAGCAAUUAACAGCAGAGCUAGAAUCCAAAAAUAGUGAACUUGAGAAACUUCGGGUGUUCAAAUUCAUGGUGCGUCAAUCUGAAUUGAGAGAGGAGACAUUGACAUCCAAGCUUGAAGACACAUAUCAAGAAUUAGCUAUUUGUCGAAAGAACGAGUUACUGCUAGAGUCAAAAAUUAAGAAAUUAAGGACAAAAUAUGAAUCCUUGUAUAAUGCUUAUGAACAAUUAACCAGGGAAACCAAUAAUAACGUUAGUAAUCCUGGCAGUAUGACCCAUCAUCCCACUUUUAUGGCCAAUAAUAAUAGUAACAGUCAUCAGACUGCUGUUAAGCCAACGCAUGCUAAAUAUCAUAAACCUCGCCUACCCCCAAAGAAUGACGACGAGUUUGUGGAUUAUAUUAAAGAGAUAUCAUCAACCAAUACUAAAUUAAAAUCAGAUAUUCUGAGCUACAAAGAACAAUUAUCAGAAGCAAGAGAGGAGAUUGUUUCGCUCAAUCAAAAGAUCCAAGAUAACACACCACCCGAUACCAUUUAUCGUAAUAAUAACAAUAAUAAUAAUAAUACUACUACUUUAGAAAGAGAAAUAAUGAAUAAUAAAAGGAAAAAACGCGCGGCUUCUGUCAAGUCGAAGGAUAAAGUACAGAACGUGCCCAUUCGAUCCAAAACAACCAUUAUACCACCUUUACCCACCGUAUCAUCCUCCAUGCCAACGACUUCGAUGGCGACCACGGGCAACGCAGCUAGUAGUCAUGGCAACGCCAUUGUGCAUCAUCACUAUCACUACUAUGUGAAGAAUAAUAACAAUGAAGAAAGUAGUACGAGUAGCUGCGCUGAUUUUGAUUGCUAUGAUGAGACUAUCAUUACUACAGAAAAGAGAAACAAGCCAAUGAUGACAAAGGAGCCAAAGAAUCUUGUUCUUUCUCCUUCGACCUCGCUCUCUACAACCAGAAAUGCACCAGACGAAGCCAAAUUGAGGUUUCCAUUUGCCAUCCUCCAGGAUCAAGUGAGCCAGAUAGUCAACAGAUUACGCGGCUCAGAUAUUCGUGUACUCAAUAGAAAACUCAAGCGAGCAUUUGACAUUGUUGAACUUAGUAGCAUGAGCAACUCUGUGAUAGAGAAUAUUCUUAUGGAUAUUGAUACCCUCGACAAUCGAUUCCUUUGGAUGAAGGAAGAAGUAGAAGAAGAAUUGACGGCGUUUUUUCCUUUUUUGGAAGUUUUGAAGAACACAUUAAAGGAGCUUGGUUCAGCCAAGAUCACGGUGAAUGAUCUGCAAAUGGCUUAUGUACAGAAAAUAGAAGAGAAUGAAAUACGUGUAGAAGAAGAGAUUAUGAAGAAGAGACAGCAGAAGCGAAAACAAUCGGCAAACAACAAAGAAGUAUCACCCAUGGCCUGGCUGACCAACAUCUUUUAUAAAAGCAGCAGCAGUACUAGUAAUAGUAGUACUUCUCAUCUUGUCUCUCCUGUUUUGGAUGACGAUGAAACCCUUGUGCGCAGUCAUAAGGAUGAUCCUUUAUUGUCGCGUUCUAAUCGUCGUGUGGUCACUUAUAGAUACAAGACAGCGUCUCCUGGUGUACCUAUCGUACGUUCAAAACGUAGUUCACAUCGAUUAGAUGAAGGUGCAAUGCGAUCAAUGAUGAUCCCAACUGAAAAUGUAAACAACACGAAUAGGGAUGUGCCAACAGUAAACCUGUCUUCAAGUUGGCUUGGUGGUAAAUGA